AAAGCUUCCUAUAAUAAGAAUGGUAGAUUCCAUUGCGACAAUGUCUAUCCGUGCAAGCUGUGUUUUGCGGCUAAGAUUAUGUCCAUAAAAGUUCACAAUCCUCCUCACAAUAUGUGACGCAUUUUGCAGACGUGGCCAGUGUGUGAUGUCAGUAGGACUGCCUUCGCCACGUCGCCAGUGAAAGGAUGACGACAAAAUGGGUGUUUGUCCUUAUCACCAUGGUUACGGUCACUGCCGUAUUCUGCUUGUACGUAACACGACAUAUCUUCUACGUCGAGAUGGUCGGAACGAAGGCCAGGGCAAAAUGGAUACCGGCGUAUGCUAAACAUCGAGGAAUACAUUCAGAUGACUUCAGAGAUAACCGAACAACAGCAACAACAUCAACAAAAACAACAACAACAACAACAGAUAGGAAGACAACAGAUGAACCAUCCCUCAGUAGUGAAGCCAGACGACUCCUCUGUAGUCUCCAGUCUUCGGCCAGCUUCCGCACGCUUCCGACAGACGAGCCUCCGUGGAGACAGCUGGGGUACGGGGACAUCCAGGCCAGGCCGGGGCUUCUACAGCUGUACGCAGGUGGUUUUCGCACCUGCGCAGCUGUCAUGAGCUCAGGAGCAAUGCUGGGCUCACGGCUAGGAAAGGACAUAGAUUCCCACGAUGCAGUUUUGAGGUACAACAGUGCCCCUACGAAACGUUACCAGUCUGAUGUGGGUAGUAAGACCACCCUGCGUCUCAUGAACUCACAGGUCGUCGUGAAGCAGUCCAAGUACCACUGGUUCACCGACCCCCGGUACCGUAAUGUCACCAUGGUACUGUGGGACCCCAUGUCGUAUGGUGGUACCAUGGCGGAGUGGUAUAAGAAGCCAGAUUUCAACCUGUUUCCCGCGUACGAAAAGCGUAGACGUGCCUCCCCUCGGGAACACCUGUACAUCAUGGACCCUCGCUAUCUGUGGGAACUGUGGGAAGUUCUACACCGAAACACGAGAGAAAAGAUCGUCAGGAACGUACCAUCCUCUGGCUUCAUGGGUAUCCACCUGUUGCUGUCACUAUGUGACACAGUAGAUGUGUAUGAGUACGUCCCCUCUAAGAGAGAGACACAGAGAUGUCACUACUAUGGGGAGGAGAUGGACAUCGCCUGUACGUACGGAGCAUAUCACCCCCUCAGAGCAGAGAAGGAGCUCAUCAAGAAGUUAAACAUAGGACCUGAGGAAGAUGUAAGGAAUAAAGGGAAAAUAACUUUACCUGGUUUUGGAAGUAUUCAGUGCUAGGGAUAUCUAUGUGCAGUUACUAGGAAGAAAA